AUGCGGUUCUCACGACAUACGCCCACAUGGAAAUCUUGGGGUGUUUCGCCCGAUUAUACAACAUUGCCCCUCAUUUUCAAGGCCUGCGCGAAUCUACAAUCCCUUCAGAGAGGGAAGGAGAUACACAAUGUUGUAUCGAAGUCGCAUUUGAUGGGAGAUGCAAGGAGAAAAUUUGAGGGCCUAAUUCGAGGACAAUUGUCUCCUUGCUUAGUGCGUGUGGAGAGAUGUCGGGGCUUCAGCUUGGGGCAGGAAUUGCAGGGGUGUUGCUUAAGAAAUGGACUUAUGGAGAGGAAUGAUCAUGUCAGAAGUGCUUUAAUAAUCUUUAUUUCAGGAUUCGGUUUGAAUCGUUUUGAAGGUACCCGAUUAUUGGACUCAAGAAACAUUGUUUGCCGGAAUACAAUGAUUAGUAGACACCUUGAUGCAGGUGAAAAUCUGAAAACCGUGGAGAUUUUCAUUGGAAUGCUGAAUGAGGGGAUAAAAUAUGAUGAUGUUACAGUUUUAAUUCUUAUUCGGGCUUGUAUAGAGCUGGGUGCUUUUAGGUUGGGAGUCCAACUUCAUCAGUCAGUAAUGAAGCAUGGUUUGGAACAUGCAUUUCAUUCCUUAACAAAGAAGCAUUCUGUAUCAUGGAAUGCAAUAAUAGCUGGUUACGGCAUGCAUGGCCGAGGACAUGAUCCCAUUAUUGCCUUCUCACAGAUGUUAGAAGAAGGAUUCAUGCCUACAGGUGUUACUUUUGUUUCUGUUUUAUCUGCUUGCAGCCAUUCCAGUUUGGUAGAAAAAGGGUUGCAGCUUUACAACUCCACGGUUCAGGAGUUUAACACAACCCCGAAGCUUGUACACUACGCUUGUGUAGUUGAUUUGUUAUCACGAUGUGAGUGUCUUAAUGAAGCUAUGUGUUUUAUCAAUUCAAUGCCUAUUGCUCCAGAUGCUUGCGUCUGGAGGGCUCUUCUUGGUGGCUGUUGA